GAAAUCUUUCGGACGACUCCUUUCCAUUUCCGUGUCAUAUACUUAAAUUUGGCACCCCCAAGUUUAAACAAUCUUCGACAUUUAGGUUUCCGAGACAGUUCGGAUUUAUAGGAUCCGAACAACUUCGGAAUCUGGGGAUCCGAACGUUAAUUUUUUUUCUCAUUUUAAUUUUAAGUCUCUCCAUCACUAUCCACAACCAACCACAACCAACCUCAUUACUCUCAUCCAACCACAGCCAACCUAAUUACUAUCAACCACCAACAACAACCAACCCCAUUACUCCUUCAUCUAUAAAUUUGCUUGAUUUAAGCUUUCUUGUAUUCAUCCUCUCCUUUCAUUCUUUCAACGAAACCUUCAAAAUCAAAAUGGAACAAGAUUUGCCCACCUUCAUCCGCCCUUGCAAACUCCGAGGCAACUCUUCUGCAAGUUCUCGUCCUCUCAUUCCCGGCCCUGCUGGUGUUGUCCAGGCCGCCAUGAUUCAACGCAGCUCCACCACCGACGGACACCUCAUUCCAACCCAACAAUUUGUUAGGCGCGUCGUCGAAGACGGUCACGACACUGAUCCCGAUUUUCACUCCAAUGCUUGGCUUUCAGCCCUGCAAUUAGGCGGAUCUGCAACUCCUCUGGGUUCAAUCACUCACCAUCUAGAAAGGGUCGAUCUCAUCGUCGCAGUUAUCAAAUCAUGCACGCCAAACGGAUUCGGCGAUGUGUCAGUUACCCUGAAGGAUCCUACGGGCACUGUCGGUGCUAGUGUCCAUCACAAGGUUUUCACUGAAAGCGAAUUCGCGAAGGACAUAAAUGUUGGAUCUGUUAUGCUUAUCCAGAAGGUAGCUGUGUUUUCUCCUAGAAAAUCUAAUUGUUACCUGAACAUAACAUUGCCCAACAUAGUUAAGGUAUUCUCCAGUGACUGUGGACCUCCAUCUGAAACAUUCACUGACAUUACAGAAGAUUGAUUAAUGUUAUUUGGCUAAUUUUGAAUUAUUUGCAACUUUAAAAAAUCCUUGACCUGGAUUAUGUAGGCUAUGUUGCGUCCCUUGAAUUAUGUACGUUAUUUUGCUUCAAUUGGAUUAUGUGCGUUAUUUCACUUCCCAUUGGAUUUUGUUUGUUAUUUUACCUGAUUUAAAAAGAGAUAAAAAUGUAAUCAAAUCAAGUAAAGCGUGAUAAUGUGAAAUCCAAACUAAUAAUGCGAUAAAAGUACAGACCGAUAAUAAAGCGUGUAUAAACUAAUAGUGCGAUAAAAGUACACAUAAUAAUAAUGUCACUGCCCCCUGCCCCUACGACCCACCCUACCCCUACGACCUCUGCCUCCGCC